CGAUCCUGAACAGAUCAUUCGUAUAAAUGUAUUCUUAUAAAAUUACGUAAAUCCAGAAACGGUCAACAAUUAUUUGCAUUAUUACUCGAAUGAUUUAACAAUCGCUAUACAACAAAUUCAUUCGAAUAAAUACAGAGAACAAUUUAUGCUACGAAUAAUGAAUAAACAAUUGUUAUUCGAUUUACUCGUUUCCGUCGAAAGCUCACAAUUACCUAGGAACGCUAUAAAACUUCAAAUUUUCGAGAAUCGAUCGAUCGUUUCUUUGAGAUCGACGAACGUCAAGCGGGCAGCCACAGGCUUCGCAAUCCUUUGUCUAAAUUCUUUCCCCCCGGCACUCUUCGUAUGUCAUUUUAACCGACCUUUUUUAUACCAUAUCUACACAAUUUUUCUACAAGAUUUUACAGCGUGGAAAACCGCGAUUCUCUGUUCGCGGGGAUCGCCGUCGAGGGAAAUUCACGGUGGAAGGAUAUGAAAAACCGUCGCCCCGCUAACAAACGUGUCACCGACUGCCAGUGCGACGAGAUACCUGACCAUUUUGUUGGUUAGCAGUGAAGACGCAACAUCGACGAGGAAGGAGGACAAUUCCCGUGUGAUCCUCCACCGCCACGAGGACCACGGCCGUGCACGUUCUCCAGUGCAUAGGCAGUGGACGCGAAACACCGCGGUGGAGAUCCAGGAGGAAGUCCAGGUGGAAAGUUGGAGAGGUUCGAGACACGUCGAGGUUCAACUACCGUCUCGCAGUAAGUCAUCGUUCACGGCCAUUCUAUGUUUCGACCAGUCGAUCGACCCCUGAAUUUCAGGCAGCGCGCCAACGAGUGGAUCCGUAAGAUGUUAUUUCUAUGGUCGAGGGAACCAGCUGCGACACCAAAGGGCAGCCCCUGGUUGGCGUGGUUCGCAACAGCGUUCGUUCUAUGGAGUUGCCGUCGGAGCGUCGCCAAAGCGAUCCUGGCCAUCUCCCCGCUAAGGUUGCUGAAGAAACGCAACCACUUUCCGAUUACUAACGUAAAGAGCUCGUCGACCGCGACGCUGUCGAAGCACCACCAUCACCAUCAACGGUUGAAACUGGAGAAUCCUAUUUUGCAACGGAAACACAAGCACGGGAUCAGACGGAUGAAACGGUUCUGCAACGGCGACGGCCCGCACGUCACCAGUUCAACGACUGUCAUCCAGAUCCCGCAGAUUCGUUACAGAGUGACCAGAAGCGGCAAGAUCUACGGGAAAUAUCCCCACGAGGUUACCGUGCCGGCGAAUGCCAGCCAAGGCAGCCAUUAGACGCACGUUUUGUUUACUCGCAAACGGCGACUCGCGGCGCAAAGAUCUUUUAUGGAAAUUCGCACGAUUCUUCAUUGGACAAACCGAUAAAUUUGUACGUGUCUUUCGCCUGCCUACGUCCAGGAGAAAGCUUUUUAUCCGAGUCGACCCACUCGAAUUUAACCGUUUCUAGAAAUCUGUAUACGUAUCGAUAGUAUUUUUUUUUUUGUAGGAAAAUUCGAUUUCCAUCUUCUACCAUUUAGAAAUUAUUAUUCGUCUUUUUGUAGGAAAAUUCGAUUUCGCUCUACUAUUUUUUGGAAAUUACUAUCUGUUUUUUUUUUUGUAGGAAAAUUCGAUUUCGCUCUCCUACUUUUCAGAAAUUAUUAUUCGUUCGUACGGACAAAAGCUUCUUUCGUUCUAAAUUCAUCGAUUUACAAUAAUAUUGUAUAAACUGUAUAAAAUAAAUAACGUGAAUGGCGAAAUUAGGACGACGGUUUUCCAUUUAUUGAUAUCAUGGCAAUUGUAUAAUAUAAUGCUGGAUUAAAAAAUAUGUAACAGUAUCGUUUGAAUAGAUAAAAAUUUGCUAAGAGGAUUGUUUCGUCAAAAAUUUUUGUAAAACUACGUAGACAAUGCAAAAUUCUCGUGGAUUUAACGGUGCGCGAAUAACUGCUCGGAUAAUAAGGUUUCUUUUUCUAAAGCGCGAAGCAAACGAAUCGUGCACGACAAAUUUCUUAGGCGAUACAAUAAAUUGUGCAAAGUUACAUAAAAAUCGGUGCUCGUCGAAUUAUACAGCGCCGAGAAUUCUCUUCAAAUUUCGCAACCAACGGCAACGAUGUGAACCGCGGUGCCGCAAUUUUGCCAGUCGAGGCCAACUGUAUUUCUUGUGUGUAAUGUAUAAAUACGUGAUUGUUUUGUGGUUUUUAAAUGUUUCUUUUUUUAGAUUCAGAUUAAUGUAUUUGUUAACAAGAAAUUUCAACGACGAGAAAACCUUGGAAAUAUAUGCUUUUAGGGAGAAA